AUGUCCUUCGACGAGACCACGGAGAUCACGGAGAUCCCGAACGCCCCCCGCGAGCUCCGCGAGGAGACGACGCGCGAGGCGGUCGUCGCGCGAGACGCGGGGACGACGACGGCGGAGCUCGAAGCCACGACGGCGAAGCGAGCGAAGCUCGCCACCGAGCCAGAAGCCACGAAGACGACGCCCGAGUCCGAGCCCGAGGCCGAGCCCGAGCCCGCGCCGCCUCCGCCGCAUACAUCGAGCGAGGAGAAGCGCGCGCGCGAGCUCCAGGAGCGCGAGGACGCGGCGAAGAAGACCAACGCCGCGGCGCCCGCGCCCGCGCCCGCGGCGGCGUCGGGGGCGUUCGUCCCCUCCGAGACGUUCGCUGGCGCCAGGCCUGGGUACGUCUUCAAGCAAGGGCCCGACGGCGUGGGGUACUACGUGGACGAGCUGGGGGACGAGGGCGGGAACGUCAUCGAACACGUCGACGACUUCGUGCUCGGGUUAUUCGACGCCGUGGUUUGGAUCCCGCGCGAGGAGGCGGAGUUCGCGCCGUCGAAAAAGUUCGCGGGCGCGAAGCGAGGGUACGCGUUCAAGAGAGGGCCGCGAGGGUUGGGGUAUUACAAGGACCGACCGCUCACGGCGACGUCCGGCUCCCUCGACGCUUCGCGCCCCGCCCUCCAGGCCGACGGCACCAUCGCGUGCGCGAUCUUCGCGCAUUUACAGGACCCGAAGGACCGCGUCGCGCUCGCCGCCGUGAGCAGGGUGUUUCGGGACGCGGAGAAGUCGGACGCGUCGUUGCCCGGCGGGUCUGCCGCGGCGGUGUUCAAGCUCAGUUUUGACUUUGUGGGCGCGUAUCGGAGGCGGAGACGGCUCGAUCAUCAUGAGCUGAUCGACACAGAGACUGAUAUGGAUCUCGUGAAGGCGUUAUACUGGAUGCGUAAGGCGGCUGAUCUUGAAAACGCCGACGCUAUGUACUCGCUUGGGAAGUGCUACGAUGACGGGCACGGCGUGGAGGAAGACGAGACGAAGGCGAACGAGUGGUACGAAAGAGCGGUCGCCCGUUACCGUGUGCUGGCUGAAAGUGAAAGAGAUUCGGAAGCUUCGGAAGCUAUGUGCCAUCUCGGGUAUCUUUACGCACGCGGGGAGGGCGUGGAUCAAGACCAGACGAAGAUGAUUGAGUGGUUGGAAAGAGCAUCCGAGUUCGGCCAUGCCAUCGCGUCCUACAUUCUCGGUCAAACGUUUGAAGGAAAGAAGGAGUACGAGAAAGCGGAACACUACUUCCUUAAGUCGGCUGAGGAAGGCUGCUCCGCCGCUAUGCUCAAGUUCGGGAUUGCAUACCUUAAUGUAGUACGCGGCGGCGGCGGCGGUAGUAAGAUGCUCACGGAGGCGUUCAAGUGGAUCGAACGAGGGGCGGAUCCGGCAUUAGCGGAUUCUGCUAUGGGUCUAUGCUGGCUCGCGUAUUGCUACAACUAUGGCAUAGGCGUGGAGAAAAAUGCCCCAAAGGCGGUCGAACUGUACAUCCAGGCGCUGGAACUCGACGAGGACAUCUUAUGGGAUGAUCCCGCCGAUUUGGGCUCUGAAAGUCAACGCGUCCAGUGGAAUCUCGGGCAAAUCUACGAACACGGCAAGCCCGGCGUGGCGGUGAACAAAACGGAGGCGCUGAAGUGGUACCGCGCGGCUGUGGACUUCGGUGAUUCCGACGCGCGAGACGACGUGGAGCGUCUCGAGUCGGAGCUCCAGGGAGCGUGA